UCAAGGCUCAAGAUGAUGCUUCAGCUGAGUGUUUUCAUUUUACAAGUAACAGUUUUCUCUUGCGUCCAUAUUCAUAACGUGACACAAAAAUGCCUAGAGGACACAGAAGGCUUUCUCAGUGAAUUGCACAAUGACAAGCCAAGCAAGUAUGCGAUGUUAAUGUAUGAUGCCUUUGGUAAAAUGGGCAGUGACGUUGUGGGUGGAAAUGUGAAUCGCCCAGGGUCCCUUCAGGAGUGCUUGUUAGUUCACGGCCCUACUUUUAAUGGGCAGUUCUGUCAGGUAUUUCUAAAACAGGAAUCAAUCCAGUACUUUGUUGACAUUUGUGUUCCUGGCUCCUGUAAUGAAGACGAAGUACAAGCAUUAGUUGUUUACAAUGUCUUCCAGAAAGAUGGGGCAUCUCUGAUUCCCCCAAUACCUUCAGUGCUUUUAAUCCAGUCCACACAAGCCAUCUACGCGACACAGUGUUUUGCUGGAACUGUUUCCAAAGAUUUUUCAGCUGUUAUUUGUUUGUUUUUGUGCUGUCUGCUGAUGAUCCUUCCUCUUUUGGCGAGUAUUUACAUAGCCGCCAUUAAAUGGAAAUGGCAGAAAAGGAUCAGUCCAGGGGUUAACUUAGCCCUGAACUCAAACUUAACACACUAUGGCACCCUAAGCUCCAGUAAGUCCGUUCAGAUGGACUUCACGGCUUCAGAGACGACACAGACAGAAUGCAGAGAAGCCGAAGGAGAUGCCGAUGAAAAAAGCAAGUGCUUGUACGACUGCCUGCAAAGUUUUUCUCUGCAGAGAAGCUCUUCCGGAGUGUUGAGUGCAGCGAGUAACGGACAAAGUUAUUUGUCUCUGAAUGGGAUUCGUAUUCUUAGCCUCCUCUGGAUCAUUUCAGGUCACAGCGUUCAGCUCAGUGUCUGGAAUAACAUAGAUAAUGAAAAAAGAUGGAAGGAAGCUGUAGAAAAGAAUCCUCUGUACAUAUUUUCCUUCAGUGGGCCUGUGUAUCUAGCUGUAGAUACAUUUUUGCUCCUUGGUGGACUUCUGAGUGCAAAAUCACUUCUCGCAUCUAUCGAGGCAGCAGACGAUAAACUCAGCCCAGCUCUGGUAGCCGAGUUUCUUUUCAAGAGGUUUAAAAGGGUCCAGCCCCUUCAGCUCUUCAUUGUGUGCCUGGUCAUCGGUCUGUUUUCUGUAAUUCCCAAGGGUCCUUUCUGGGUUAUUGUAGAAGAUCAGAUUUUGAACUGCAAGAAAUACUGGUGGUCCAACAUGUUGCUCAUUAAUAACCUGCUUGACAUCACUGAUGUUUGUGCCCCCUGGACGUGGUAUUUGUCCAUUGAUUUCCAGUUUUUCAUCUCAACUCCACUGCUGAUCUUCAUCUAUAGAUUAAACAAAUAUGCCCUUCUGGCAGUUGCUUCUUUCUUGCUGGUCACCUCAUGCCUGGCCAGUGCCCUGCUUACCACCUUACUGCAUCUACCGGUUCACCAACCAACGACACAAGAUAAUGAAACAUACUUUCAAUAUUACUACAACAAGCCUUACACAAGAUAUGGUCCAUACUUGGUCGGGAUCUUGGUAGGAAUAUUCAUGAAGACUAGACAGAGCAACCUUUUAAAACAUAAGUGGAAGGUCGCAGUGGGUUGGGCCUCCUGCUUCUCCAUCAUGGCCCUGUUGGUGGGUCUGGCAUAUGCCCUGCGGGGGGUCCCAAGUCACCCCUCAGUACCACAUUCUCUGUAUCAAGGACUCCAUCGCACCCUGUGGGCAAUGUCUGUGGCUUGGAUCAUCUUGGCAUCCGAAGAGGGGUAUGGAGGGUUAGUCAACAGAAUAUUGUCACUAAACAUGUGGAUUCCUCUUUCAAACAUCAGCUUUGCCUGUUAUUUAAUUCACCCUGUUCUGAUUAUCUUAUACAAUGGGAAACAAGAGACAGCCAUCCAUUACACUGACCUCAACUUCUUCUACCUAUUCAUGGGACACACUGCAUUGACUGUGACUUUGGGAUACGUCUUGACUGUGCUUAUUGAAAGGCCGUUUUCAUUUCUGAAGAGGUGUAGGAAAUAAACACAAACCAAACUGACACUGAGAUAUAUAUAACUGACUCAAAGCAUAAUGUCAUUGAAUACAUUAUUAUAAUAAAUAGAGAAAUAUUAAACAUUAUCAGUUGAUAUUUAGUGUUUAUCUGUCAUACAGUAGUGAUCAAAAUUAGAGACACUGCAGAACUUCUUGGAGUCUCUUGUUUAAACCUUUUAUUUUGUGAUGUGGGAUAGUUUGCUAAUUUUGAUCUUUGUGUUGGGAAAUAGUAAUAUGUAAUUUGUGUUUGUUAUUGUCGUUCAACCAAAUUAUGCUAAAAGUUUGAAAAAACACAAUAAAAACAAAUGUUACCAA